AUGGAUCGUACAGAAUCUUGGCUUCGUGGUUUUCCCUCUCCCCUUUCCUCUUUCCCGACAUUUCUUUUAACUUUGCUCAACACUGUAAACAACAUCUUGGCGCUUCAUCUAGCGAAAGACGCUGUUGGCUUACUAUAUAAGGAAAUCUGCAGAGACCAUGGUCGUGUGCUUUGGUAUCGCGAUACGAAUGAUGCCAAGAAAAUUGGAAUCACCGAAACAUCCUUGAUUUGCGAGCCAUUCAAGGAAGAGCUAACGCCGGAUGCCGAAAAGCUUGCAAUGCUCUCGAAAAAGCUGAACGAGCUCGUUCAAAAUUUCACCCUUGGCAUCAUACCAACUGUCCCAACACUGUCCGACGAAAAACCUAUUCCACCUGACGAUGAAUCUGUGAUCACGACCGUAAAGGACGAAAUUCUCGAAGACACCACCCUUUCUGAGCGCACCCAGCAACAACAUAAGCCCAUGUUCGAGGAAGGUAACCUUCCGAUGGUUACAUCCAGCAGAAGUUCUCGUUUUCAAAAAUGUCCCCAAAUUCACCACCGUUCGACACGUAUGUAUUACGGUAACAAUGUUCUCUUCCCCUUGGCUAAACAAUUCACCAGUCAACACAGCGCUCUUUGGAAUUCUCUAUAUAUACAUUGUAGACCGGUGCUUCUGAUUCUGUCUGAUGAGGCUCUCAAAGGACUUCAACUCAAGGUGCCGAGUGAUGUGCUGCAAAGAUAUGAAAAGAUCGGUCUCUACCUGCCUGGAAUCUGCGCAGAUUACGUCCCCAAAGCUGUUGAUGAGUUCGACAGUAGCAGUUUUGAAGGCAUUGAAAUUGAGGGUCCAAUCGGUUUGAAUAUGACGGCUUUGGAGGCUGCCGGAGUGAAUCUUACGGCCCUGGCGGAGAAGUUGCGAAAUGAUACCGAAGUGGACGACAUUCUCAGCAGAACGAACGCUUCCAUAAAGUAG